AUGACGAAGACGAAGACGACGGCAGGUCUAGACACCGAAGGUGUUCUCUCCACUCAAGCCAGUUCUAACCCAGCAGCCAAUAGUAUCCGUGGGUUCAGACCAGGACCCAACCCAGCAGCCACAAGUAUCCGUGGGUUCAGACCAGGACCCAACCCAGCAUCCACUAGUAUCCGUGGGUUCAGACCAGGACCCAACCCAGCAGUCACUAGUAUCCGUGGGUUCAGACCAGGACCCAACCCAGCAUCCACUAGUAUCCAUGGGUUCAGACCAGGACCCAACCCAGCAGCCACUAGUAUCCGUGGGUUCAGACCAGGACCCAACCCAGCAUCCACUAGUAUCCAUGGGUUCAGACCAGGACCCAACCCAGCAGUCACUAGUAUCCGUGGGUUCAGACCAGGACCCAACCCAGCAGUCACUAGUAUCCGUGGGUUCAGACCAGGACCCAACCCAGCAUCCACUAGUAUCCAUGGGUUCAGACCAGGACCCAACCCAGCAGCCACUAGUAUCCGUGGGUUCAGACCAGGACCCAACCCAGCAUCCACUAGUAUCCAUGGGUUCAGACCAGGACCCAACCCAGCAUCCACUAGUAUCCAUGGGUUCAGACCAGGACCCAACCCAGCAGCCACUAGUAUCCGUGGGUUCAGACCAGGACCCAACCCAGCAGCCACUAGUAUCCGUGGGUUCAGACCAGGACCCAACCCAGCAGCCACUAGUAUCCGUGGGUUCAGACCAGGACCCAACCCAGCAGCCACUAGUAUCAGUGGGUUCAGACCAGGACCCAACCCAGCAUCCACUAGUAUCCAUGGGUUCAGACCAGGACCCAACCCAGCAGCCACUAGUAUCCGUGGGUUCAGACCAGGACCCAACCCAGCAGCCACUAGUAUCCGUGGGUUCAGACCAGGACCCAACCAAGCAGCCACUAGUAUCCGUGGGUUCAGACCAGGACCCAACCCAGCAGCCACUAGUAUCCGUGGGUUCAGACCAGGACCCAACCCAGCAGCCACUAGUAUCCGUGGGUUCAGACCAGGACCCAACCCAGCAGCCACUAGUAUCCGUGGGUUCAGACCAGGACCCAACCCAGCAGCCACUAGUAUCCGUGGGUUCAGACCAGGACCCAACCCAGCAGCCACUAGUAUCCGUGGGUUCAGACCAGGACCCAACCCAGCAGCCACUAGUAUCCGUGGGUUCAGACCAGGACCCAACCCAGCAGCCACUAGUAUCCGUGGGUUCAGACCAGGACCCAACCCAGCAUCCACUAGUAUCCGUGGGUUCAGACCAGGACCCAACCCAGCAUCCACUAGUAUCCGUGGGUUCAGACCAGGACCCAACCCAGCAUCCACUAGUAUCCGUGGGUUCAGACCAGGACCCAACCCAGCAGCCACUAGUAUCAGUGGGUUCAGACCAGGACCCAACCCAGCAUCCACUAGUAUCCGUGGGUUCAGACCAGGACCCAACCCAGCAGCCACUAGUAUCCGUGGGUUCAGACCAGGACCCAACCCAGCAGCCACUAGUAUCAGUGGGUUCAGACCAGGACCCAACCCAGCAUCCACUAGUAUCCGUGGGUUCAGACCAGGACCCAACCCAGCAGCCACUAGUAUCCGUGGGUUCAGACCAGGACCCAACCCAGCAGCCACUAGUAUCAGUGGGUUCAGACCAGGACCCAACCCAGCAUCCACUAGUAUCCGUGGGUUCAGACCAGGACCCAACCCAGCAGCCACUAGUAUCCGUGGGUUCAGACCAGGACCCAACCCAGCAGCCACUAGUAUCAGUGGGUUCAGACCAGGACCCAACCCAGCAUCCACUAGUAUCCGUGGGUUCAGACCAGGACCCAACCCAGCAGCCACUAGUAUCAGUGGGUUCAGACCAGGACCCAACCCAGCAGCCACUAGUAUCCAUGGGUUCAGACCAGGACCCAACCCAGCAGCCACUAGUAUCCGUGGGUUCAGACCAGGACCCAACCCAGCAGCCACUAGUAUCCGUGGGUUCAGACCAGGACCCAACCCAGCAGCCACUAGUAUCCGUGGGUUCAGACCAGGACCCAACCCAGCAUCCACUAGUAUCCGUGGGUUCAGACCAGGACCCAACCCAGCAGCCACUAGUAUCCGUGGGUUCAGACCAGGACCCAACCCAGCAGCCACUAAUAUCCGUGGGUUCAGACCAGGACCCAACCCAGCAGCCACUAAUAUCCGUGGGUUCAGACCAGGACCCAACCCAGCAGCCACUAGUAUCCGUGGGUUCAGACCAGGACCCAACCCAGCAGCCAAUAGUAUCCGUGGGUUCAGACCAGGACCCAACCCAGCAGCCAAUAGUAUCCAUGGGUUCAGACAAGGACCUGGAUGCUGUGUCUUAUUGAGGACGAAACAAAGGUCAAAGGUCAAACCAUGA